GGCUGGACUGGGCUUGCGCGGUGUCGACGCGAGCGCCGGCGCGCCGUCGUUUGAAAGGCCCGAGCCUCGCGCGCUUGCGCACUUAAGCCCGCGCGGGGAGCGCCUCCUCUCCGCCCCCCAAACCCCGACCCUUCCUCAACCUUCCCGCCGGGAGGAGCCCACAGCGUUGUAAUGCCGGAGAUACGCCUCCGCCAUGUCGUGUCCUGCAGCAGCCAGGACUCGACCCACUGUGCAGAAAACCUUCUCAAGGCAGACACUUACCGAAAAUGGCGGGCAGCCAAGGCAGGCGAGAAGACCAUCUCUGUGGUCCUACAGCUGGAGAAGGAAGAGCAGAUACACAGCGUGGAUAUUGGGAACGACGGCUCGGCCUUCGUGGAGGUGCUGGUGGGCAGCUCGGCUGGGGGCGCCGGGGAGCAAGACUAUGAGGUCCUUCUGGUCACCUCAUCUUUCAUGUCGCCUUCUGAGAGCCGCAGUGGCUCAAACCCCAGCCGAGUUCGCAUGUUUGGGCCUGACAAGUUGGUCCGGGCAGCAGCUGAGAAGCGCUGGGACCGUGUCAAAAUUGUAUGCAGCCAGCCCUACAGCAAGGACUCCCCCUAUGGCCUGAGUUUUGUACGGUUCCACAGCCCCCCAGACAAAGAUGAGGCAGAGGCUGCAGCCCAGAAGGUGACGGUGACCAAGCUCGGCCAGUUCCGUGUGAAGGAGGAGGAUGAGAGUGCCAGCUCCCUGAGGCCAGGGGCUCUCUUCUUCAGCCGGAUCAACAAGACGUCACCAACCACAGCCAGUGACCCAGCAGGGCCCAGCUAUGCAGCGGCUACACUCCAGGCCUCUAGCGCCGCCUGCUCAACCUCUCCAGUGUCCAGGGCAGUAGGCGGCACCUCCAAGGUGAGAUCAUCACACUCUCCUCCAGGUGGGUGGAGGAGGAGAGAAGCUGGAGGCCUUAACCCAUCCCUACCCUCCCAGCCUCAGGAGUCUCCCAAAGGGAAGAGGAAGUUGGAUUUGAACCAAGAAGAAAGGAAGACCCCCAGCAAACAGUCAGCCCAGCUCUUACCGCCUGCCGUCAAGAGACCCAAAUUGCCACUUCCCACCCAUACCACAGCUGCAGCCCCAGUGCCUGCCCCAGCACAGGGGCCAAUGCCAGGGAAACCUCGGGGAGAAGGCACUGAGCCCAGAGGACACCGAGCUGGUCCGCAGGAGCUGGGGAAGAUCCUUCAGGGUGUGGUGGUGGUGCUGAGUGGCUUUCAGAACCCCUUUCGCUCAGAGCUCCGGGACAAGGCCCUAGAGCUGGGGGCCAAGUAUCGGCCAGACUGGACCCCGGACAGCACGCACCUCAUCUGUGCCUUUGCCAACACCCCCAAGUACAGCCAGGUCCUAGGCCUUGGAGGCCGCAUUGUGCGUAAGGAAUGGGUGCUGGACUGUCACCGGAUGCGGCGGCGGCUGCCCUCCCGGAGGUACCUCAUGGCGGGGCCGGGCUCGAGCAGCGAGGAUGAGGAAGGCUCUCCCAGCAGCAGCAGCGCGGAUGAAGCCCCCAAGCUUCCUCGAAAGCGCCCCAAGGCCAAAACCAAGCCCCCUCAGACAGCUGGACCCACCUCACCCCAGAAGCCCCCAACCCCUGAAGUGACCAAAGCAGCCUCGCCCAGGCCCCAGGAAGAUACUGACACUGAGGGGGAGCAGACAGAAGGACAGGACAAUGGAGCAGAAGAUUCUGGGGACACUGAGGAUGAGCUGAGGAGAGUGGCCGAGCAGAGGGAGCAAAGGCAGCCCCCUGGCCAGGGGGAGAAUGGUGAGGACCCGUACGCAGGCUCCACGGAUGAGAACACAGACAAUGAGGAUCACCCAGCAUCUCCCGACCUGCCAGUUCCUGAGCUCCCAGACUUCUUCCAGGGCAAGCACUUCUUCCUGUACGGGGAGUUCCCUGGGGACGAGCGGCGGAAGCUCAUCCGAUAUGUCACAGCCUUCAAUGGGGAGCUCGAGGACUAUAUGAGUGACCGGGUCCAGUUUGUGAUCACAGCACAGGAGUGGGAUCCCAGCUUUGAGGAGGCCCUGAUGGACAACCCCUCCCUGGCGUUCGUCCGUCCCCGAUGGAUCUACAGUUGCAAUGAGAAGCAGAAGUUACUUCCCCACCAGCUCUACGGAGUGGUGCCCCAGGCUUGAAGUAUGUGCUUGUGUGCAUGUACUCGAGUGCACACACACACACACACACACACACACGCAGAGAUGAGUUUAAUAAAGAUGGCAUAGUUUGGA